UGCCCUUCCGCCGGGGCAUCGCGCUGCUGGAGAGCGGCUGCGUCGACAACGUCCUGCAAGUCGGUUUCCACUUGAGUGGCACAGUGACGGAACCUGCAAUACAGUCGGAGCCAGAAGCUGUUUGCAACGUGGCCAUCAGCUUUGAUCGUUGCAAGAUUACCUCAGUGACCUGCAGCUGUGGAAACAAGGACAUUUUUUAUUGUGCUCAUGUUGUGGCACUCUCUUUAUAUCGAAUCCGCAAGCCAGAUCAGGUCAAACUGCAUCUUCCCAUUUCAGAGACUCUCUUUCAAAUGAAUAGAGACCAACUACAGAAGUUUGUACAGUAUUUGAUCACAGUGCACCACACAGAGGUUUUGCCAACUGCUCAAAAAUUAGCAGAUGAAAUUCUUUCCCAAAAUUCAGAAAUCAACCAAGUUCAUGGUGCUCCUGAUCCAACAGCAGGUGCUAGUAUAGACGAUGAAAACUGCUGGCACUUAGAUGAAGAGCAGGUUCAAGAACAGGUUAAACUGUUCCUUUCCCAGGGCGGGUACCACGGAUCAGGGAAGCAGCUUAAUUUGCUCUUUGCCAAGGUGCGGGAAAUGUUGAAGAUGAGGGACUCCAAUGGGGCCCGCAUGUUGACCCUGAUCACGGAGCAAUUUAUGGCUGACCCUCGCUUGUCACUUUGGAGGCAACAAGGCACAGCCAUGACUGACAAAUACAGGCAGCUCUGGGAUGAACUAGGUGCUCUGUGGAUGUGUAUAGUUUUAAAUCCCCAUUGCAAGUUGGAACAGAAGACCAGCUGGCUAAAACAGCUGAAAAAGUGGAAUGGCGUUGAUGUUUGUCCGUGGGAAGAUGGGAAUCAUGGCAGUGAAUUGCCCAACUUAACCAAUGCUCUGCCUCAGGAGCUACCCCAUAAAAGCAUAACCUCAAUAACCAAUCUGGAAGGCUGGGUUGGACAUCCCCUAGACCCUGUGGGCACGCUCUUCAGUAGCCUCAUGGAAGCCUGCCACACUGAUGAUGAAAACUUCUCUGGGUUCUCUGAUUUUACAGGUAAAUGCAAGUCUCUGGAAUACCAGCAUCUCCCUGCACACAAGUUUUUAGAGGAAGGGGAAUCCUAUGUCACCCUGGCUGUGGAAGUAGCCCUGAUAGGUCUGGGACAACAGCGUAUUAUGCCUGAUGGGCUGUACACACAAGAGAAAGUCUGCCGGAAUGAGGAGCAGCUCAUUUCUAAGCUUCAGGAAAUUGAAUUGGAUGAUACACUGGUGAAAAUUUUUCGCAAACAAGCAGUCUUCCUAUUAGAAGCUGGACCAUAUAGUGGUUUAGGCGAAAUAAUCCAUCGGGAGAGUGUUCCAAUGCACACAUUUGCCAAGUAUCUCUUCACCUCUCUCCUACCUCAUGAUGCUGAAUUGGCAUACAAAAUUGCACUGAGAGCAAUGCGGUUACUAGUAUUGGAAUCUACUGCUCCAACAGGGGACCUCACUCGCCCACACCACAUUGCAUCAGUUGUUCCUAAUCGAUAUCCUCGUUGGUUCACUCUCAGCCACAUUGAAUCCCAGCAGUGUGAGCUGGCAUCUACCAUGCUAACUGCAGCCAAAGGCGAUGUUCGGAGGCUGGAAACAGUAUUAGAAUCCAUCCAGAAAAACAUUCACUCCUCAUCACACAUCUUCAAGCUUGCCCAAGAUGCAUUUAAAAUAGCAACUCUCAUGGACAGUUUGCCAGACAUCACUCUUUUGAAAGUAUCUCUGGAACUGGGCCUGCAGGUUAUGCGAAUGACACUGUCAACCUUAAAUUGGCGACGACGGGAGAUGGUCAGGUGGCUUGUGACAUGUGCUACUGAAGUUGGUGUUUAUGCUCUGGACAGCAUCAUGCAGAGCUGGUUUACACUCUUCACUCCCACCGAGGCCACAAGUAUUGUUGCAACUACCGUGAUGUCCAAUAGCACCAUCGUUCGCCUCCAUCUUGACUGCCACCAGCAGGAAAAGCUGGCCAGCAGUGCCCGGACGCUCGCAUUGCAGUGUGCCAUGAAGGACCCACAGAACUGUGCCCUCUCUGCGCUUACCCUCUGUGAAAAGGAUCACAUAGCUUUUGAGACGGCAUACCAAAUUGUCCUCGAUGCUGCUACCACAGGCAUGAGCUACACACAGCUCUUUACAAUAGCACGGUACAUGGAGCACCGCGGAUACCCCAUGAGGGCCUACAAGCUGGCCACCCUCGCCAUGACCCAUCUCAACCUGAGCUACAAUCAGGACACACACCCUGCCAUUAAUGAUGUUUUGUGGGCCUGUGCACUUAGCCACUCCCUUGGUAAGAAUGAACUUGCAGCUAUAAUACCUCUAGUGGUCAAGAGUGUCAAGUGUGCAACGGUACUGUCAGACAUUUUGCGCAGAUGUACUCUGACCACUCCUGGCAUGGUGGGACUUCAUGGAAGGAGGAACUCUGGUAAGCUCAUGUCCCUGGACAAAGCCCCCUUGAGGCAGCUCUUGGAUGCCACCAUUGGAGCCUACAUCAACACAACGCACUC